AUGUUCACUUUGCCCCAAAUGAGUGGAUUAUAUUUAUUAGUUUAUCGCAGUUUAGUAAAAGAACCAACUGAUAUUUUAAAGCUGACAAUUUGGAAAUGCAAUGAAUUCAUUGGUGGAAAAACAGUAUGUUCUGAAGAAAGUCCAGGUGUAUUAGGAUUGGAUAAUAAUAAUAUUGAUGACAAUGACAAUGGCGAUUUUUUUGGUAUAAAAGAUACUAAAAAGUUUUGGAAAAAGAUUUUAGUCCUAUCAACAACAAUUCCAAUAAAAAUUAUUCUACAACUAAUUAAAACAUCAAAAAGAAUUAUCGCUUGCUUAGAUGUUAGAACAAGGAAUUCGGUUAUCACCAAAGGUGAUCAAUAUGAUAUAAGGGAAAGUAUUAAUAAUGACAAUAACGCUAUUGACGUUAAUAAUAACAUAAAAGUGACGCGUAAAAUAAGAAAUUUUGGUAAGCCUGUUGACUUAGCACCACUAAAUGUAGCUGGUGAAUACUUUAGGUUAGAAGCUGAUAAAGUAUCAAUUAAUAGUGAUGCUGUUUAUGCUAUAGAAAAAUAUUUGAAUAAUGGAUGGUAG